GGACUAACUAAAGACCUAUUGCAGUAAGGAGAAGAUGAGAAGAGGAGUAAGACGAGGAUGUGUAAGACUACGAGGAGCUGUUGUUGGAAUAGAUGAUGAAGAUGAUUCAACUUUCACUGUCACGGUCGACAACAAGACUUUCCAUUUCCAGGCGAAGGACGCCGAGGAGAGAGAGAAAUGGAUUCGAGCUUUAGAGGACACAGUUCUUAGACAUAAUCAGAUGAAAAGAAGAUCUGCGUCCAGUUCCCGCAGGGUUGGUGUUAAAAUGGAGGAUUUUGAACGGAAGCUGUCUGAAACAGAUGCUUACCUUCAGCUUCUUAUUGAUCAAAAUACAGUCUUGCAGACCAAGGCUGAUGCAUGUACGGAGGAGGAGAGUAAAGAGAAAUAUGUCUCCCUGUCAGAUCGUGUCAAUGAUAUGGUCGAGACAGUCAAGCAUGCCAUCGUCCUGCUUCAGAUAGCUAAGAACGCAUCUUGUCCUCCGGAGGGAAGCGAUGAUCUUGUGAUGGUUCAUUCUACUCCAGAGAUAGGUCAACAUGAAUCUUCUCAGUUCUAUACAAGUGCUGAGGAUGCAUUUUCUGAUCGUAUUGUGGAGGGUGUAGUGGAGGGUAGUGAGUGUAGAGAGAGACGUAGCCAAGAGAUUAAUCAGGUGUUAAGGUCUGCUGUGUCCCCGAGGUCGGGUAUGUCGACACUGAUGAAUAAUUCUAUACCUGCAGUCUCCUACUCAUCCUCAGACGACGAUGAAGAAGACUUUUUUGAUGCAGAGGACGACGAUAAUUUAUCCCCUAAAGAUGGCGGAGAAAAUAUCCGCGACGAUGUUGAAUCUAGAACAGAAUCCAGUCAGGACUUAGUGAACCCCGUGAGCCCCUUAACACCCUCGGAGGUUGACUGGGACGCAUUGUACGAGGAGGAUGAGGAGGAGGAUGAGGUUGAUAUGAAGUCUCAUGGAUCAGUUAUAACGCAUCUUUUAUCUCAGGUGAGGAUCGGGAUGGAUUUAACAAAGAUCGUUCUUCCAACCUUUAUCCUUGAGCGUCGAUCCUUGCUAGAGAUGUACGCAGACUUCUUCGCACACCCGGAUAUAUUCGUCGAGAUCGCAGAGAAGAAAACACCGGAGGAGAGGAUGGUUCAGGUUUUAAAAUGGUAUCUCUCUUCCUUCCACGCAAGCAGGAAAUCCUCCGUGGCCAAGAAACCUUACAAUCCUAUCAUCGGAGAGAUGUUCCGUUGUCAUUGGAACCUACCGGAGCCGGAGACGAAGCAACCAGGAGCUCAACCCGUUCCCGGAGUCCCUAUUCCCUGGUGUUCACAGAACGAUCUGGUCUUCAUUGCGGAGCAGGUGUCGCAUCAUCCUCCUGUGAGUGCCUUCUAUGUUGAGUGUGGAGCAAGAAAGAUAUCAUUUAAUGGGCAUAUUUACACAAAAUCAUCAUUUCUCGGGGUCUCAGUAGCAGUACAUAAUCUAGGAGAAGGACGGGUUUCCUUGCAGGAGAGCGGAGAGGAUUACGUUGUUACCUUCCCUUCAGGAUACGGGAGGGGUAUUCUAACCACUCCUUGGCUGGAACUAGGAGGGAAAUGUGAGAUAACUUGUCCACAGACAGGUUAUAGGGCUGAUAUAGAUUUUAAAGUAAAACAGUUCUGGAGCAAUGAGGUUAAUAAAAUCAGUGCUGAGGUGUAUGCUAAGGAUACGAAGAAGCCACUAGUCAAGGUUGAAGGAGAAUGGAACGGUAAGAUGACCGGUAAAUGGCAGAACGGGAAACAAGAAACAUUCCUGGAUGUAACACAGCUCCCGACCUGCAGGAAGAACGUCAAGCCAGUUGCGGACCAGGAGAAGUACGAAUCAAGACGUCUUUGGCGUGAAGUAACUGCUGGUCUCAAAUCUGGUGAUAUUGAGGCUGCUACGGAAGCUAAAUGUAGCCUCGAGCAUAGACAAAGGACAGAGGCUAAGCAGAGGAAGGAGGACGACGUGAAGUGGGAGAAUAGGAUGUUUAGUCCUGUCGGAGAGAAUUGGUAUUUCACACAGUCUCUAGGAAGCAGGAUAUAAUUGUCUUGUAGUUUCUAGAUAGCAACGUCUAUUCAAGGUUAUAUUUAAGACAUCAAAGUCGUUGAGAACUCUCGGUAGCUAAGUUUAUUUAGUGGAGAGGGAAACUUUUGAAUGAGAUAGAUUUAUAUAAACUAGAUAGAUAGGUCGUUUGUGAUGAAGUUCAGCAUCUCUUGAAAAAAAACCCUCACAUUUCCUUAAAUCUUUCUGGGUUGGGUGUUAGCAAAAUACCUAAUUCAUAAAUUUCUAACUCUAAACAUAUCUUCCUGUAUGCGCGUUAAUUUCUACUUAGAAAUAUAAUCUAAAAACCUUUCGGUCCUAACUUUAUUAAUCAACGGGUUGUCUUUUUAUAACAAUAAUCGUUUUUUGGAUAGAAUUAUUUAAAAUAGUUGAAAAUCAUAUUAACAAAUGCGCGAAAUUAUUUCUCCGAAAUCCUCCAAGUUGGCUAACUUGUACGAAUACACCAAUCAAAUUUAAAGUCAGUAAUAGAAAAGUAGUGAAAGAGGGCAGACCGAAAUUAACUUUUAAAAUUAACUUAGAAAUAUAAUCUAAAAACUUUUCGGUCCUAACUUUAUUAAACAACUAUUUGUUUUUUAUAACAAUAACUAUAAUAGCAAGGCAUGUUAUCACUUAGCUACCUAGACUUUUCUGAGACUUACCCAUCGAACAAUCUCUUGGAAUUUAA